AUGAACGCCGAUAAUCGAAGAGGUCAAUGGGCUUACGUAUCCGGCAGACUGUUCAUUCCCGCGUCCACGGGCAGCGAUCCCUGGAUGCCCACCGAGAGUGAAUCCAUCGACAUGGACCACCUGGACUCCUCAGAGCGAGACUCUGUUGAUGAACAGGAACGCGUUCGGUCUACCAGCCCCAUCUCUUAUCCUACCAUCUCUUAUCCUACCCAUCCCAGACUCUCUGAAUACCAUCUGUCCAGAGUCAUUGGGUGUGGCUCUUAUGGUAAUGUUUAUCUCGCUCGCCAUCGCGGUGACCAACACCCUUUGGCCAUGAAAGUCAUGGCCAAGCAACAGUGUUCUAAUUCAUCCCUGGCAGACAGUCUGAAGUCUGAGGCACGUAUCCUUAGCUCACUGGACCACCCAUUUGUUGUGGGUAUUGAAUGCGCAUUUCAAAACGAUGAAUAUCUGUUUAUUGGACUCCAAAUCGCAGCAUGCGGAACCUUUCACGAUUACCUGGAAGCAUACGCACCCAUGCAACCUGCCCAAGCCAAGUUCUACGUUUCUCAAAUUUUCAUGGCCCUUGACUAUCUCCAUAGGAAAGGCAUAGUCCAUGGUGAUUUGAAGCCCAGUAAUAUCUUGGUAUCGGAAAGUGGUUACUUGAAACUCGGCGAUUUUGGUCUUGCGCGCACUUCAGGAGCUGAACUCCCGAGCGCGUGUUUCGGAACUUUGCAUUACAUGGCCCCAGAAAUGAUCAAAGGGAAAUCUUUCGGACCCAGCAUCGACUGGUGGGCACUUGGAGUAGUCAUGUACCAGACCGUUUUUGCCUGCUAUCCAUUUGACAUCAUAGGAGAUGAAGCAGAAAGAUCCUACAAAGGGCAUUAUGAGAUACCCUUUGACAUCGAUUCCGAUGCCACAGCGCUCAUAAAUACACUUUUGUCGCACUCCCCUGACCGACGAAACCUCGGCGGUCUUGAGCUCAGUCAGGCGCAUGCUUACUUGCAGGGGAUAAACUGGGAUGACCUUUUCAACAGAGUAUAUAUACCUCCCUUCGAACCACCCGGCCUUCCACUGAAUGUACAUCACCACGACAACAUAAUCGACUACGCAAUAAGAUAUGUGGAUCUGGAUCAAGAAGCCCCUAGGAGAGAUCACUAUUCGGGUCUCUUCCGGGACUUUCACUAUGUCAGAACUCCCUGGCGGGUCAUCAAAGAAAGCCAAAAUUCAAGGCUCAUAUCACCCGGCGGUGAUGAUGAGGCGGGAGCCAAUAUUACCAGAGACUAG